AUGACUAAAGCUUCCAAGCAACAUUUUCCUCCAGGACCCAGAUCUUUGCCAGUUAUUGGAAAUCUGCAUAUUCUCAAUCUGAAGAGGCCAUAUCAAACUAUGCUGGAGCUCUCCCAGAAAUAUGGCUCCAUGUACAGCAUCCAAAUGGGUCCAAAGGAGGUGGUGGUACUCUCUGGAUAUGAGACAGUGAAAGAUGCCCUGGUCAAUUACGGUGAUCAAUUUGGGGAACGAUCUCAAGUUCCUAUAUUUGAAAGACUUUUUGAAGGAAAAGGCAGAGAAGCAGGAAUUGUCUUCUCUCAUGGUGAAACUUGGAAAACUAUGAGAAGGUUCAGCCCGACCACCUUACGGAACUUUGGAAUGGGCAAGCGGCUCAUAGAAGACAGGAUCUUAGAGGAAUGCCAGCAUCUCAUACACAGCUUUGAGUCUCACAGAGGAAAGCCCUUUGAGGUCAAAACAGUAGUGAGUGCUUCUGUUCCUAAUGUUAUUGAGAAAGAUACAUCUACUGCCUAUUUCAGUGAUGAAAAUUUGGUGGCACUCGUUAGUAACCUCUUUGCGGCUGGUACAGAGACCACAGCCUCUCUGUCCUUAAUAGCACUUCUGUUUCUAAGGCACCGAGGUCAUCACUUUGUUGACCUCUGUGCUUUGGGACCAAACACAAUGGGAAAAGCCAGACACAUUCAAUCCCGAGCAUUUCCUGACUUCCACUGGAAAGUUUGUCAAGAAAGAUGGUUUCAUGCCUUUUUCAGCAGGAAAGGUCUUGCCUUUGAGACAGGUGGUUUGAGAAAUCUGGAGAGAUUUGGUCUUGUCUGA